AUGUCUACCAUAUUGCUGCUUCUGGGAAUACUAUCCAUUGGACUAGGAUUUACAGCUGUACAAUCCGUCGGAGUUUGCUAUGGAGUGAAUGGUGACAAUCUACCAUCAAAGCAAGAAGUUGUGGAUUUAUACAAAGCAAAUGGCAUUGGUGGAAUGCGCAUAUACUCCCCAAAUGAAGAAGUCCUCGAAGCCCUUCGAGGUUCCGACAUAAACUUGAUCCUUGAUGUGGCAGGGGAAACACUUGCAUCUCUAGCUGAUGUAAGUGCGGCCGCAGAAUGGGUCAGCAAAUUUGUGACGCCGUACUCAUCAGAUGUCAAGUUCAAGUAUAUUGCUGUCGGGAACGAAGUUCACCCUAGUGACAAUGCUGCUCAGUUCAUUCUCCCCGUCAUGCAGAACAUUCAGAGAGUGAUUUGGCAAGUCGGCUUACAGGACCAAAUCAAGGUUACGACAGUAAUGGACUCGAGUAUGAUCACAAACUCCUACCCACCGAGUGCAAGUGUUUUCACCGAAGACGCAAAGCCAUACAUAGAGCCAAUUAUCAACUUCCUAGUGCAAAAUGGGUCACCACUUCUUGCCAAUGUGUACCCUUACUUUGCUUAUGCUAAUGAUCAACAAAACAUUCCUCUCGCUUAUGCACUUUUCACUCAAAAUGAAAACAAUGACAUUGGGUACGGAAAUCUCUUUGAUGCUAUGGUGGAUUCUAUUUAUUCUGCUUUGGAGAAAUCAGGAGCACCCAAUUUGGCGGUGGUUGUGGCGGAGAGUGGGUGGCCAUCAGAAGGUGGAGAUGGGGCUACAAUGGAGAUUGCAGCCACAUAUUAUGCUAAUUUGAUUGGUCAUAUCAAGAGUGGGGGAGGGACUCCAAAGAGGCCUAAUGGGGCUAUUGAGACUUACUUGUUUGCUAUGUUUGAUGAAAACAUGAAGCCUGGUGCAGAAUCUGAGCGUCAUUUUGGUCUCUUCCAUCCUGACAAAUCAUCUAAAUAUGAAGUCGGUUUCAAUUGAAACUAAUAACUAAG